AUGCUGGUGAUGUCCGGAGUAAAUUCACGUCAGGCUGGCAUCACCUGUGCCGCCAGUACUUACUGUCGCCUUGAACGCGUCUCCAGUCCUCCAGCGGCCGUGUGCACAAGAUGGCCAGCCUUCCACCGAGGCCGCAACUCCCGUCGCGAGACGAGCGUCGACUCACCCCUGACCGAGAUCGACGUCCAGCACAACCUAUGGCACCGCGCUAUCGCGGGCCUCCGCCAGACAGGGACAGGGACAGAGACAGAGACAGAGAUAGGGCAUACAUACCUCCUCCUCCUUCAAGGUCACGGCAAGAAACAGACACUUAUAUUCCUCCGAGCUACGACAGCAGGCGAGACGGUGGACGUAGAGAAUAUGAUGACCGCGACAGGGACCGGGAUCGUCGAGACUACGACAGAGACAGGGACAGAAGAAACUGGGGAGGACGCGACCGAGAUUGGGGUCGUGAUAGGACACCUCCGAGAAGACGUGAGUCACCAGACAGAGACCGUCGUCAGUAUGAUCGAGACAGAGGGCCUCCCAGAAGAAUGUCGCCUAUGGGCAGAGGUCCACCCUAUCGUCGCUCCUCUAGAAGUCCUCCUCGUCGACGUUCUCGCACUCCCCCUCGAGGUCGAUAUCGGUCUCGAAGUCCCAUUCGUGUCCUCGCUCUCGCUCACCCUUCAAAAGACGACCUUCCAGAUCACGGAGCCCAAGAAACCGAGGACCUCCGCCGCAUACCGUUCGCCUCAACUUUUGGAGCGUGAUGGUUCCCAGCAUCCACCCGAGGAGGGUCAGAUCACUGCAGAAGAUAAACCUGUUACCCCAGCACCUGAGGAUAUCAAGAAAUCUCCGGAACGUCAAGCGAUGGAAGUAGAGAAGGCUUCUGAGGCGCAAAAGCCGGAAAUAUCCAAUACACAUUCUCCGAAGAGAGAACCUCUCUCCGCAACUUCGGAAAUUCACGCAAUGCCAGUAGACCCAUCACCAGCUCCUGAAACCCCACAGCAAGCGUUCCGCUCUCCUCUUCCUCCACCAUUGGAUCAGAAAAAGGAAGAGUCCGAAGCCAAAAUGGCUGUGGACCCUCCUUCCAUACCCAUACAACCGAGAUCCCACCCCAUUCCAUACAGACCACCAGCAAGGUCGCCUUCUCCACAACCCACUCGCAGUUCUACUACUACUGACUCUUCACGAGUGCUUCCCACUGGACCGCGACGAGGAGGUUGGGCACCCCGCUCUCCCGGAGGGCCUCGAAAUCAUCCCACACGAAGUGGCCCACCUCCACAUUCCUUUGCCCCCCGAGCUCCGCCCGCGCGACGAGGACACCACACCGAGGAACGAGGUUUCCCCCGUGACAGCACUUAUCGAGAUUCUCGUGACCCGAUUCGUGACCACACUCGCGACCACACCUCUUACAAGAAAGGCGGCAUCAAGAUUCCAGAAUUCAACCCAUCGAAACAGUGGGCCGACCUCGAGAAGGAUCUUGCCAGACAACAAACACAUAGGACGAACGCUGCGAGCGACCACCUUCAGCAAAUGAAAGGGCUGCAUCGGGCUUUGCAUGAGCUCGAUCUGUCGUCGAUUGAUUUGCACGCGGCGGAGAGCCGCCGUCGUAUUGCCGAGAGUCAGAUGGAGAAGGCUAAAACGGGAUCCUUAGGGAUAGAUGCAGCGGAAUUGGUAGAUCCCCAGUCUGUAUAA